CUGAACACCAUACACAACGGGCUAAUGAUCAUCAGGCGCAUUAAUGAGCCCCACGGAUUGGAUUACCCUACGCAUUUUCACUCAACUCCAUAACGCAUCGCGCGCUACUGCAUCCAGUUCAUCUGCGGUCAACACGGUGUGUGUGUGUGUGUUGGCAUUCGACUUUUUCUUCUUCCUCACUCCGUGCUCCAACGCACGCAACAAGUAGUCGCGCGUUUUCCAGAAGCAGAGUGUGCGUGCGGAAUUUGAUUUCCGGGUUCUGCGAGAGGUAAUCGGGCUAAUCGAGUGGUGUGUUUGCGGAUUUGUCAAGGAGCGAUGAAUGGGAGUUGGAGUGGCUGAUGAAGGUCAUACCGGCAAUUAGCCAUUUUGGAUAAUUAUGCCGGACAGGAGCCAGUGGAAAACGGGACAAGUGCUCCAUUACCGAUAAGCCGAAAUCACUAUCCGUCGCUGUGGGCAUCCGCGCAAUUAGCCCCAACGCCGAUAUCAUCAUCAUCAUCCGCAUCUAACCUCUGCGUAUAUAUAAACACAAAUAUAAUCAUCAUCCGCGCGUCAUGGAUCCGCGGACGCAUGCCGGCGGAACCGGUUCCCCCUACGGGUAUCCCUUCCCCAUGUCGCCCAGUGCCUUCGCGCUGCACCAACCGGUGUCGGCGCCGAUGGAUCCGCGCGGACUGGAGCCGGCGCGCUACGCCUCGCCCUGGGAUCAGGCGCGCUUAAUGGGCAUUUCCGGCGGAAGUCCGUUAUUGGGCGACCUAGGUCGUUUGCCGAUGUCGGACGCGGCCAGCGCCGCCUACCGCUACAGCAUGUGGGAGCAGAUGUACCGGCUGCAGUCGCUGCAGCGCGGCCUGCCCAUCGACCCCCGCGUUCCCAUCUCCCCGGAUUUCUUAGCCCGGCAAGCCGCUAUGGCGGCCGCCGCGGCGGCGGCAGCCAGUGCGGCGGCCCCGCCCGAUGUCUUCAGCCUGCACCCGGCCAGCGUCACGCCCAGCAUCGGGCUGCCCUUCACCGCGGAGGGUGGAUCCCGUCUGAGCACACCGCGGCCGGAAUCGCUCAGUCGUAUCGGCCGGAAACGGCCGCUCUCCCUGUCGCCCUACGCCGCCGACUUCGAUCUCAACACCGUCAUCCGCAUGUCGCCGAAUUCGUUGCUGUCCGGCGGGAAUCGCUCGCGGUGUUCCAGUUCCGCUAGCGGCACCUAUGGACACUUGGCUGCUGGCGCGUUGAGUCCGUCGCUGUUGGCGCUGGAUCACGUGCGCAUGCAGCAGUACAUGCAGGCCUUCUCCUCGGCCUUCUGCCCGCCGGCGCCCUCCAAGACCGACCUCCCGGAGGCGGCGGAGAAGCCGUCCAAAAAAGAGCCGUACCUCCCGGCCGCCCCCCUCCAGCCGGUGGUCUCCAGCAGUGUCCCGGCCGUCAGUCCGCGGCGGAAGCCAGAAAAGGUCACCCGGGAAUCGGCGCAGUCCAGCACCGGCGGCAACGAGGACGACGACGAUGCGAUGAUGCGGUCGCCGGCCGCGGGCGGUGAGGAGCUGGAGCCGGUGGAGACGCGGUGUCGCUGGGAAAAUUGUCAGUUGGAGUUCCAGUGCAACAGCGCCCUGGUGCAGCACGUCAACCAGGACCAUCUGCCGACCAAUAAGAAGCAGUUCGUCUGCCGCUGGACGGACUGCGUCCGCGAGGAGAAACCCUUCAAGGCGCACUACAUGCUGGUGGUGCAUAUGCGCCGACAUACCGGCGAGAAGCCGCACAAAUGCAAGUUUGCCGGCUGUCCGAAAGCGUACUCGCGGCUGGAGAAUCUGAAGACGCACGAACGCAGCCACACCGGCGACCGGCCGUACCGCUGCGAGUUCGAGCACUGCCCCAAGGCCUUCACCAACGCCUCCGACCGCGCCAAACACCAGAACCGUACACAUUCCAACCAGAAACCGUACUUUUGCAAAGUGGAGGGCUGCACCAAGCGCUACACGGACCCCAGCUCGCUGCGCAAGCACGUCAAGACGGUCCACGGGCCGGAGCACUUCGCCAACAAGAAGCACAAAGGCAACGAUGUGCCGCGCGGCCGCCACCACCGCGACCACGACGCCGACGAGCCGCCGGCGCACUUCGCGCCGCGCCACUUCGCCGACGACACGCGCAGCUCCGGGCGGUCGGGCAGCGAGCCCAGCACCCCGCGGGGACAUGUCAAACAGGAGAGUGUGGAGCUGUCGCCGAGCUACUCGCACCCCUCGAGCACCUUCACCAACUGCUCCCUGGACAGUCCCGCCAGUCUGGCGGACUUCCACCACCCGGUGCUGACCCGCGGCCACCCAAUGCGCAGCAACGCACCAAUCGCCGAGGUGGACAACGAGAUGGACGCGGACCCCUUCGCCGACAUGGCCAGCGACAUCCGCGCCGCCAUCUACGGCCCGGAGGUCCUCCCGGCGCCCCGCCUGGCUCCGGCCCGCCGCCUCCCAUGCAAAACGGCCCCGGCGGGUCCCCUCAACAUCCACGACCUCAACCAGCGCUUCACCGAGAUGCACACCUUCCCGGAACCUCCCCGGCCGCAGUACUACACCUCCGGGGAGCCGGAGCCGGGUCCCCCGCUGACCUGCCGCCGCGACAGCGCCGCCAGCAUCGGGACCUUCUACUCUAGUCUCCCGGCGUCCGACAUGAGCAGCCGGCGGGUCAGCGAGGCCUCGGCGACCAGCCAGCCGUACGACCCGAUCUCGGUGGGGUCCUCACGGCGCUCCAGCGAGCCCACCAUCGUCCCCAACCGCUCCUUCUACCAGCAGAAGAUCCAGAUGCGCCAGCAGCGCUGGGCGGUGCAGGCCCCGCCCCCGCGCACCGGGACCCUGGACACCGCGGCCUGGACCCCGCCGGUGCAGUACCACGGCCUCCGGCGGGCCAGCGAACCCACCGGGACCAUCGCGCCGGCCCGCAUCCAGCCGCUAACCCGCCGCAACCUCCAGCGCCACAACAGUCUGUGCGCCGGGGACCCCGGAGACCAUUUCCCGCGGGAAGACGCCCUCCACAUCCCCGACGACAUGAUCCGCCACCUCCACGAGGUCGCCGAGCGCGCCCGCCAGGCGCGGGAGCUCGGACUGGUCGAGGAAGACACCGGGGACGAUCUCCCGGAGAUCCAGCCCAACUACGCCGGCCACGGGUACCCCCCGCCGCCGCCGUACGGGCGCAGCGCCUCCUUCUCCCACGGGCCGCCGGAGGUGUACCAGCAGCCCCGGCGUCCCUCCCAACCCCCGGAAUUCUACGCGCCGGAUGUGUACCAGACCGCCAGCCACCAGCGGCAGCGGCGGGGCGCCGUGGUGCCCCUCCCGGACGCCGGAGGGGGUCGACCGCUAACGGAAGGGUCCCCGGACAGUUACCAGGUCACCAGCACCACCGGGAUGGACGCCCACUACCCGGGCGGGAACACUUUCUACGCCGGCGACAACAUGGUGAUGAACGAUAUGCACUCGCUCAUGUCGACGCUGAACUACGAGAACGAACUGUACAAAAUGGUCCAAUGAAUUUUGUUUUUAUUUUAAUUUCUUUUUUUUUGGCUCAAUGCGCAUACAAGCUUUAAUCUGUUGUUGUUUUUGGCGGGCAGAGAAAUAAAAUUCAGUU